GAAACGAGACGAAUGCGAUGCGGGAAUAGUGGGUAGUGGCGGUUGCAGGUAGAGAAAGAUAUCAUAUGGCGAAUCAGUUGGGGAAUCUGGUGGAGUCAAUAAAGUCAAAGGUGAGGUCCCUGAAGAAGGGAAAGAAGCCAUACAUUAAGAUGGACAAGAGUGCCAGCGUCAAGGUUGAGAUUCGCAGCAGAAAAGCUCGCAAGUUAAUAGAGAAGACCUUGAAAGCUGCUGAUACUCCCACCAUGCGCCCCCUCUCAUGACCAACAUCCAUCCAAAUUACCCCUUUAUUUCUUCAUUAAUAUCCAUUUCAAUACCCUUAUUUUACUUCG